AUGGACGACUCGGCCUCUGAUCCGGCCACUGGGUGUGGAGCGACUGCUGCCUCGCCUGCGGCCGCCGCUCACGAAUGCCGUCUCGUGGCUGCAAAUUGCACUGAACCGGAGGCAGCUCCCAGAGACGGGGCGCCUGACCCCAACUCUUUUGACCCGCCCCCCCCAGCCCCAGUCGUGGAGCCCGAUUCGGAGGGACUGUUUCCGGCGAACGUAGCGGCUGCAGAAGACUACCCUGCAGCCAGCGAGAAAAGGGGACGGGAGGCCAGGCAGCAGGGCGGCGCGACUCCACCCGGUUCUCUGCCGACUGACGCCCUCGCUGGAGCAGAGGGGGAGGCGAAGGCUGUGAAGCCCGGCGAGGAUUCCGGCGAAGUCUCGGCCCCGGCGCCCGCGACUCCAACAGGAGGGGAUUUUCUUCGCGCGAAGUCGCUUCCGCACGAGGACGCGAACACCCAGGCUCAGAGGGUGAAAAGCGAGUUGCCGGGUGCCGCAGACAGGCGGAGUGACCGAAAGAGAGACGCAGGUGGAGAGGUUGUGAAGCCAGGCGCGGGGGACAUUCGACUGGGCAAGAGAGAUGGGGCUGCUGAGGCAGAGGAAGAAGGUCUCCGACGGUCGAAGACGAAAACGGAUGACUCCGAUGAAGACGCACUGCUGCGUCCGGUGAAGAGGAAGAAGGAGAAGAAGGAACUGGACGCGAACGGCUACGGCGAUGAGGCCUCGAAGAAGCGGAAGGGAAGAGCAGGGGAGGAUGAAGGCGAUGGGGAUGCAAAUACACAGCAGCUGCGAGACGAAAACGACAACACGGGCAGAGCUGGCGUGAAGAAGACUCGUAAGCAGCAAACGUCGAAGCAACACGGAAGUGAACACGUGCCCGCUGUCGGCGCCCACGUGGACGGUGAGAAGACGGGAAGCCUGGGGGUAGCAACGCCAGGCCAGAAGAGCAGCACAAAGAAGAAGGACGAAGAGGCGAGUGACGGAUUUGAAAAUACCGACAACCAGGAGGAUGCGGCACAGCUUGAGCAGUACAUCGGGGCGAUCGCGACGAAGCUGUGGAACAUCUACUCGCAGCAAGUUGCGGGCGCGGAAGAGCUCCUGGACAAGCAGAUCUCUGAAAGCGGCAUUCACCCCGUCUCGAAUGAAGUAGGCCUCUCUGGGAAAAAGGGAGGGCAUAGUCACUCAGAAACUUGCGGCGCGCAAGCUGAUCUCGCAGCUGGCGGAGGCGUCAAGCUCAGGCACUCGAAAGGUCUUCCCCCCGAAGUCACCCAGGAUGAGGUUCUUCAGCUGGCUCUCGAACAAGCAGAGAAGGAACACGUGCCUUCCCUCCCGCCUGCAGAGUCGCAGGACGCGUCUGCGCCGCAAGCCCGUCGCCACCGGCCGCGGCUGGGGAGGCUUCCGCGCACCGUUGUUCCAUCAAAGCACGUCCUCCUUCACCGCGCCCGCCCGGGCGGGGCGGACCCCUCUUGCUGUGAAUCCUGCUGUUCUGUCUGUCUGAACCCGGCGUUUGCUGCGCUUUUGGCUUCUGCCGAGAAAGGCGAAGCUGCUGCACACGCAGCAGACAGCGGGCUGUCUUCUCCGGGCACAGCGCAGUCGGGCGAUCUGCUGCAGAAUCAGCUGUCGAGUCGAGACUGCUGCUGCUGCUGCGCCAUCCAGCCUCCGUCGUGGCCCAGCAGCGAAGACGAGGGUAGCGGACCGGGUCGAUCGCGCGCCUCCGCUUCAGGCUGGGCGUUCGCAGACCAGGCGCAGCACUUCAGCCGGCUCAAGUCGCGGCCUCAGUACACGGUGAGCGACGGAGACGAGGAGGACACCCCGCCAGGCGGAGCGGGCUCCGCGGGUGUGGGCCGUUCCCCAGCCGCAGAUCGUCGCGCUGGCGGCGGCAGCGGGCGCUCGUUGCCUCAACAGCAAGCAGGGCGAACCGGUCUUCGGCGGUUUGCCGGCGGCAGCGUGGGCGGGCGAGCGAGUCACGCGGGGGCUGGCGCUGCGCGGCGCGCGGCGGCUCUUCUGUCCGCAAGAGGAGGGGUGGCUGACCGCUUCGGCGCGCCUCUAGAUCGGAGUGCAAUGUUUGGCACCGCGGACCAGCGGCCGGAGAAGUGGGUGUCGCGGUCUGCGACGACGCUCCGCCAGCCAGACGGCGCGCCGCCUCCAGGCUCGGCGCGAGCAGGACCUGACAAACACGCCAGCCUCAGCCGGGGCGCCGCGGGAGGGGCGCGAGGGGGAGGAGGCUCGGCGUCGAAGUCCCCGCUGAAGGCAGGAAGGGCGGCGCACACGACGACCAGAGGGAGGUCGCGGGGCAGAGAACGCACGCGGACUUCGAGUAGCAGCAGCGACAGCAGCAGCGACAGCAGCUCGGACAGCAGCUCGAGCAGUGAGGAGGACAGCAGCCGGGCGGGGACCUCGGCGGCCGAAGGCAGAAAGAGGCCGGAGGGGGCGGAGACCGCGGCGGAGGGCGGAAAAAGAGUCUCGCCGGGCGCAGGGACUGCACCGCCAAAUCGUGCGGCGCUGAAGGCGAGGCUACAGAAAUUCUGCAGGCAGGACGAUAACCAAAAGCUCCCGGUGCUCAAAGAGGCAUGCGUUGCAAUGUUCGUAACCGCGAUGAACGAGCUGUGCGUUGAGCCAUACGCGCAACAUUACGCAAUUCGCAUUGUCCUGCGAUCCGCGGAUGCCGUCCUGCCAAACUUCCUGCGAAGCAGUGGAUUGCUGCUCCUGCGUCAGUGGGUGGAGGCGCUGGCUGGGUCGCCGGAGAGCGUCGAAGAGCACGAAGGGAUCUUUGUCUCAGUCCUGAAGCUUCUUCUCCGCCUGCGGCCCACGCGACAAGACAUCCAACAGGCCAAAAUCGGCCUUCUCGUCCGCGGAAUGGCGCAGCGGAAGAAGGGAGUUAAGUGGGACUUCGAAGCCUGCAGCGAGGAAGUGUCGGGCUUGGCGGAGAGGCUGCUAGAGAAGUGGAGGGCGAUGUUUGCGCAGCAGCCUGACGGCCAGCAGCAAGUCGCGCGAGGACAGACUGCUGUUGGUACUGCAGGUCUGGCAGUCCGCCCGAGUUUGUCGACGCGUUUGCCAGAUGCUGUCCCCCCGGCUGGGGCGGCUCGAGGAGAGACGACGGCCUCCGUCUCUGCGCCCAGGCCAGCUCCAGACUCUGCCGAAGGACAGGCGCGGAGCCUCAGCCGGCGAGCUCAUUUUGAAGCGGAGGCGCCGGGGGCGGCUGUGGUGAACGGCGAAGGUCGGGAGGAGGUGACGCGCAGUCGCCAGGGAGACGCGGGCGCCCACUGUGGAGCCCAGCGAGGCGAGCAGAAGGCCAAAGUUGAAGAAGCGCUCCGCUCUCUGGAGGAGCUUGGAUGGAACUUGGAAGACAAAGAAAAACGGAGACGACUCGAACUGGAGGGGACGUACUCACCCACUGCAGACAACGACGAGGUGCAGGAAGGCGCCACGACGACAGCUCCGAAAGGCGAGGAUGAUCACAGGCGCCGCGCGCACUUCCGCCCUACCCAGCAGGCAGUCCAAGAUCUCGUUUUCUUCAACCGCCUCGACGAGCCCGUCGCAGUGAGCGCGUCGCUGAAGAACGGAGGAAAACUGGAGGGCGACCAGGCAGCGCAGCAUCUCGUGCAGCUCCGUCGAAGCAAGGCGGAAGCUGACAGCUUCGAUCGUCUGCGGCGCAUGCACACGUACAAAGAAAUCAGCCGUUGCGCCGCGGCCGCCUCGGGCGAGCAGAGUGCAAAUGCGGCCAAACCCCCUGCAGCAGGGCCUACCCAGCGCCGUGAUGCCGUUGCGAAGUUCGCGGUACCUCUUCGUCUGGACUUUUCUGAGGCGAAGCCGCCGCACAUGUACCCGAGCCCGCCUCCUCCCCCCACAACGCCGCCCGCAGGUUCCGCGCCUGUCACCGUGGAGCCGCCGAAGGCCCUUUUCACAGCGAUCGUGCCUUUUUCGUUUCAGAGCGUUCCUCUUAUUUCGUCUGACGCUCAGGCGGCUCCUGCGCCCGACAUGUAUCCGAGCGAAGGGGCGACAGGCGACGGCGCGGAGUUCGGGCCGGCCAACCAGGGCCGGGUUCCGCCAGGAGACUACGACGAAAGGGUCGAGCCCGGCGGACAGAAAGGCGAGCUAGAGCCUCGAGGGGCGCAGCCAGACCCAGGCGGCUCGGGACCAGCAGGCCCACUGGCAGUGCCCCCGUUCGGCCUGCCCCAAGGACCGCAUCUGAUGGCGGCGCCUCCUCCUGGCGUCCCUUUCUUCCCGCCGCCUUGCUUCCCCCCGAUUCCUGCGCCGGGUUUUCCGCCCUUUGGGCCACCCUAUGUGGCUCUACCGCCUCCAGGCUUUAUUCGGCCGCCGCCUCACGGCGUGUUUGGUCUGCUUCCUCAGCAGUCGGAAGCUUUUGGGGGAGCACCCGGGGCCGGAGCAGCCGGACGCGCGGGAGGCUUUGCCCCGCCCCUGGCCAGCAGAGGGCGGGGUCCACCCCGGGGGCGGGGCGGUCAUCCCACUGGGGCUCGGUGGGGGGAGCGACGGGAGUCUGGAGGCGAACGAGGCUGCGGAGCGGCAAAUCCGGAGGAAGAGGGGAGCGGUGGGCGAACAAGGAAGUGA